UGGACGGUCUCUCCUUUGUCUUCUCAUAUUGUUAACGCCAGCCAUCUGGUGCUAUUAUUAUAGACGGCUUUAGAUUUUAAGCAGCACCAGUUAUAGUCCCUUUCGCCUAUUAUUUCGAUUCUCAGACUUCUUAAACGGAGCCUUACAGCUAUUUAUUCCUAUGUGGAGUAUGGAUUUUUUUGGCCUUUUUAUUUUGUAUUUCGUAUUAUUACUAUUAUAAUUUAGCCCGGUUCCCAAAUGAUCAAGGAGGUAUAAUAACCUAACGGUACAUGUUUGCCUGGUGACGUCAGCGUCCCAGUCAGAGUCACCAGUUUGUGGGCUGGAGAGAGAGAAAUCAAAAAGGGAGCCUUUCACUCAACUUGGACCGGAGAAGCUGCACAAUGUAAAAUUACCACUUUGGGGUUUUGUCCAGAAGACAGUACGGGCUGUAAAAGUUGCGUCGGACCAUGCUUCGAAGACCGGCUGUGUUUAAGAGGACCGACGAUGAAAACGUGGACUCCGGAGCUGAAACUGCCGAAUCUGAUUGCAGUAGGAUGUCGACGUCCGCCAUUGACCUGAUGGCCCGGCGUGUGCAGCAGCAGCAGCCGCAGCCGCAGCUCCUGCUGAUGAACAUGCACCUCCUGGCUAACCCCGGAGACUCCCUGCUCCUGCAGCACACGCUGGACCGCCUGCUGCGCUGGCUCUGCCCCAGCCUGCGCAUCUUCCAUGUGUCAGAGAGGGCCGCUCCGCUCCGGGACUACACCCGCUCCCGCCUCCGUCCCGUUGCAGACUACCCAUCUUUGGCCGUCACCUUCUUCCUCCAUGAGGCCUACGGGGAGGAGCGAAUCCUGCGGGUGUUGGAUUUCUUCCAGCGGCCACCCUGGCAGUACCACCACACCGAGAGCUGCGGCAGCCGGACCAGAGGGGUCCACAUCACCUCCAGCAGCUCUCCAGCCAGCGCCAUGCUGCGGCCAUACAUCCUGCCCAGCCGCGACUUCUACACCCUAGGGGCUGGGAUGCCCGUGUGGGGGGUGCGGCCGGUGCACUGCGGAGGGGAGAUUCUGAGAGUGACACUGUACAGUGGUUAUGACAAUUAUGAGGAUGCUGUGCGGCUCUAUGAGACCGUGCUGCAGCGACAGGCAGAGGAGCAGAAGACGGGCUUCUGUUGGUUCACUCUGCACACUGAGCCAGGCCUGUGCCUGCAGCUGGCCCUGAAGCAGCUGUCACCAGGGGUUCGGGUGGAGCCGUGCAGCUCUGCUGUGCUACAGUUCAGGGUGGAGGAAAUCGGCCAGCUGGUUCCCCUGCUACCCAACCCCUGUACUCCCAUCAGCACUACGCGCUGGCAGACAGAAGACCUGGAUGGAAACAAAGUUCUCUUCCAGGUGAAAACCCCGGCUCAGCCUCAGCGACCUCUGACCUGUGCUUUCCCCCUGCCCUGCCCCAGUGUGUCCCCUCGAGGACUGCAGCUCAGGAGCUCAGGACACACACCCAGCCAGAGCCACGGCGCACAGCCCUGCAGCCUUACCGCGCCGCUGUCCUGGCCAGCACACAGGCAAGGUCACAGAACGUACCCUGACCCUGGCCUGGAGAAGAUGUAUGGAGGAGGUGGAGGAGAGAGCUUUGGCUCAGGUAGUUGCUGCAGCACUCCUCCAAGCAGCUCUUGCUACUCGUCCCAGCGCAGCAGCCCCGCCCCGGCCCCGAGUGCCAAUCACCAUGACUCUCCUCUGCGUCCUUCCAUCUCCCGCUCCCUAUCACAUCUCCUCCUCGAGGAAGAGGAGGAGGAGGAGGAAGAGCCUGAGACCAAUGUAGACACAGGAGUCCCUGUCUCAUCUCGCUCUGACAUGGGGUUUAACAUAACUCGCUCCUCCUCCGUGGACCUUUUGAUGGCUCCUCGCUCCGAGAGGCCUGCAGCUGUUGGAGCCUCAGCUCUGGAGGGUCUGGCCAAGGAGCUGAGUGAAUGUCUGUCCAGGACACGCACACUCCCUCAGGGAGCCUCUAGGACACCCCAGAGCUCUGCUGGUUGUGCAGAUGCCUGUUCAGCCGGGCAGGGCUGUGGCAGCAGGACAGUAGCAGCUGGACAAAGUCCCUCCAGAGGGCAGGUGGUAGAGAUGGAUAGGACUACAGCUGAGCCCUGUGCCAAGCUUCUGCCAGCACGCACACACAGUGCAGAGCCAGUGGAUGAGUUCUUCAUCUGAGUUCGUUCCACUAUACCACGUGGGGUGGUAAUUAUCACAGUGCAAUGAAAACCUCCUCACACUGAGGAGGCUGCAGCCUUUGAGGAACAGGACCAGAGAUGCUCUAAGCCGAGGACUUGAGGGUCGGUUCAAGUAAAAUGUGUCAUUCUUGAUUUCUGGUCCUUAACAUGGUUUGGCUCGUCCGAUAAAUUUCAAUAAUGUAAUGGCGUAAUGGUCUAAACCCAGUGGUUCCAAUGGUGGUAUGACUUUGGUGAUAUUCUGUGACAAUGCCAGUAAUGAUAAUGUGUAAUUUCUAAUGUAUUUUCUUAUAGGCUCAACUAAUGAUUGCGCAGCUCUAAUUCUUAAAAUGUAGCCCUGUGAAUAGCAAAAUGAGGGAAAUGUGUGCGUGAUUUUAAGUCUAGGUGUCUUUCAUAGGGCAUCAUCACGCAUAAUACACUACAGUGAGACGAGUUAGUUUUACCAUCAUGAUGGCAUUAAAUUCUUAUUUGUUGAUUGUUUUUGAAAGAGACAAAGAUAUUCUUUGGAGUUUUGAGCCUGAGUCAAUUUAUCUCUGUGAUUUAUCCUGAUUGCCAUCUCCAAUGAAGCACAGGGACUCUGUCUGUGUGCCACUUCUGACACCAAGCUUUGCUCAGUGUGAUGAGCCUGGUGACCUUGGAUUACAUUCUGUGAUUGCACUUAAAAUUAGAUCCUUGUUAUAUUUGUUUAAAUGUAUAUUAAACUAGACCUUCAUAAUUACUGCAUUGUAAUCUGAUAUCAAACAUAACAGUUUUUUUCCUCAGACAGUAUAGCAAUGUUUCAUGAAUAACUGUUAGUUGGACUAACAGUCCAACUAACACACAGUUGGACUGGACAAAUGUCAGAUCAGGAAGUAUAAAACGUAUUUUCUAAUACUAUCUUCUAAUACUAUAAAUGCACAAGGUGUCUCAAGGCCAGUUUAGAAAAAAGGCCAAUAACCCAAGUGCGUCGUAAGACCUCAGAAAUAUUAAAUGAUGUAUGGCUGUAGGUUCUACAGUGAGGGAUUAACUGAACUGAAACUUCACAAUUUAUGCAGUUGUUGCAAAGUGGAAUUCUGAAAUGUUGGUUGAGUACAGCUGUGACAGAGUGCAGUGAUACAGCUGCUUAGACAUAAGAGCUGUGAUGAAAAUUAUUUUGUCACGUAAAGAGAAGAAACUAUGCAUUUAAUCAUCAAACCUCAUUACUCAGGUCAUACUUUUGUUUUCUCUUCAACAAAACCAGGUACUUCAUUUUUCUUGUCUGAAAAAUCAACUUUAAAUGGGGCCAAGGACCCUCUGAAAUCAACUCACUGAUGGGAAGAAUUAACUGCAUUGUUGUUAAUUUUGAAUGCAUUUUUUUGCAUUGCAUUUUUUCAUGCAUGUGAUGUCAGACAGUAUGAGUUGCUAUCCCAUCUGUGGUUUGAUGACCAGAAUGUUCAAUGAUACAGAGAAAUGUGUUCUAGGUAUUAAAGGACAGGAUGGGUAGAACAGAUCUGUCAUAUUGUUAUUA